AUGCCUCGUCCACGAUCUUCUACAUUUUACCUCCCUCUUGCACCUGCAGAUGCACCGCUGAGCCUGAAAGCAAAGUUGUCCGUGCUCCCUCCGAGCGCUGCCAACGCGCUGCUCGCCCCGCGGAAUCCUCCAGCCACAACGCCAUCGACACAUACGCCUGUUCCUCCUCUAGACGCUUUAUCAACAACGCAGUCAUCCACAGUGCCGGUACUGGAAGACGAGUGUGCACGUCUGGAGCGUGUCCUCGGUCUCUGCAAUAAUACACCGUUUGGCAACCCUUCUGGAUCACGCAGGAACACGAGAAGACACACGGAUGCUCCCCUCCCGCAACUCUAUCAAACCCCCGGUGUUAAUCCAUUCUCACUCCCGCUCCCAAAGCCCGAUUCCCACUCGUUGGCGACGACCGAGAGCGUAACCGACCUCGCUGAUCCCCGUCCGACACUUGUUGACCCUGUCCUUUGCUUUACUUUUAUUAUCGGCAACCUCGUCCCUGUAUUCAUCGGUUCAACCUUGAUUGGCCUCCGUGCGGAAUCCCCUAUGGCGUCUGUUUCAUUUCCGUAUCCCUUGACCACGGAAAAUGGGCUCUCGACCAUGUGCGACGCGUGUGUUUGGACGGGCCUCGCCUCGACGCAACCCUUUGCAACCGCAACUCGACCGUGUUUUUCCCUACGCGAAACGCUAUUUGGACGAAACCAAUAUACGUCCGUCGAAACACGGAAAUUGACAUGUAUACAGUCACUAGCUUCGACAAGCACACUCGGCACCAGUGCCGUUGUUGCCGCUCCCGCCGUGGCAAUCUCGACCUCUGGACCAAGUGCCAGCUCGACCUCGCCUCGUAUCGGAGCUAGCGAGAUGGAUGCCUUUGCAAGCGCAUGUGCAUUUGGAGCGGAGGACAUGGCUGCCGCUCCCGUCGAAACCCCUGAAGAGGGCGAGAUCCAAGCGGUUAUCGAGACAACGAUCACAAAUCUCAGUGCCCCAAGUUCUUUAUCGCGACCUACAUCUGCAACCAAACCCUCACGACCGGCGACGGCCGACAGACGGAGAUUGAGCAUGGUUCCGUGUGGGCUGCCCAAGAUCUGGGCCUGUCGAACGCUGCAUCCAUCCAAACUCUGUUCGUCCGUUUCAGCAGACGAGACUGCAGCGCCUGUACGACGGACGGUCCUCGUUCCAAACCAACUUGUACUCCCAUCCUCGAUCGCAUCUUGUGGUUCUCUCCAUCCUUCGGACACUCGACAUCUCCUCCCGAGGCAAUUUCGCAUGUCCUUCCCACCCCCUCCGCCACCGUGUCCUGCGGCUACCGCGGCUCCCGAGGAGUGUGCGCCCUGUACUGAUGGGAUCAAUACAGGGUUGACCACCGCUGGACUCUCGACAGCUACUUUUGCGAGUACCCACUCACCCGCGGACGAGACUGCAGUCUCACCCGGUGGCGGUGAGGUUACCACCUGUACUCAAAUGGAGGUUAUCGUUGGUGAUGGCACGUCUGAUCGCGUGAUGCCACAGGCUUUGCCGCCACCACCAACACAGCUCGACAAAUCGCCUGUUCGUAUUACACUCACCCCUCCUGGCCCUCAAUCGACGUCGUCUGCACAGCCCUCUUCCACCCCGUCGACACCUCCACCUCGCCAACGAUAUCGUCUUGCGCCACUCUAUCUCCACAAAGUCCUUCGUCGCUCGCUCGGUGCUACUGCAUGGUCACGCGCCGAGACGGUACGCCUUGCGCGUGCCGUCGAACAGGCCUGUGGAGUUGCGCUCGUUUCGCAGGCUUCGACCGUAUCUUCGUCCAGUUCAACGAUUGGUCGACAUACACAGUGGGAUGAUAUCGUGCGCGCUGGCUACCAUCUCCCACCUGUGGACACGACGAGCGACUUGAGGAGCAGUCUUGUGUGGACGGCGCUGCGUUUUCAGGCCAACUCUGCUGGGGGUGCUAAUGUCUGGAUCCAAAACGUUUUCGAUUCGGCCGAAUGUGCAUGGGACAUUGAUUUGGAGGAUGAAGAAGACGAUGCGGACAUGGAGAUGGAUUUCGACAAUGAAAACUUUGAGGCAGAGUCGACCUUUGUGCGCGAGAGUGCACCCGAGCCGGAAGAACGGAGACCAGUCGUCCUCGAACCCACGUCGCCACACACGCCCGUCGAAAACAAUCACGAGCCACCGACGCGCGUGCCUGCGUCGAAUGUUGGGCUCAGGUUGGCGGUCACAAAGCCCGAGUUGGAAGACACACGUUCGCCUUCGCCGGAUGGAUAUGGUGGAUACGCUGCUGUGGGCAAGUUUACGUGGGAUUCGGAAUGGCCUGCGAAUCCGACAAUUGCACGUCCGCCGACGGGGAUUGCACGGCAAUGGUCUGUCGACGACAAGAUGUCAACUUGGCGCAUGGACGAAGACGGCCCGCCCGCGACGCCGUAUCAUCCUGUUCUCUCGCCUUCGACGUGUUCUUCUUCGUCGUCUGCGAGCACCUCUUCUGGGUUGCUCGCGCCGUUUUCGCAGGAUGAAGAGGAAACAUUUUCCGAUAUUCACCACUUCAAGAGGACGACAGCUAUUCGCCGCUACCAGAGGAAGAAGAGGAAGUGUUCCGAUACUCGGCGUCUCAUCCAGACGAAAUGGAGGUCGACUUGGAUACUCGAUCCCUAUCUCGCUUUCACCUCGUUCCCUCCGCCACCGCUCAUUGGCACCAAGAUUUCGUCCUGCGGCGAAAGCGAGGAUGAGAGUGAUUCAGCAGUAGCUCAAGAGCGUGGAGACGAGUUUUACGACGUCCCAUCGCCCACUGCCGGCGUGUUUGUCAUCCCGCCUUCACCGUUGACAAAGACGACGUUUGGCCAGCCUUCUCCCUUGACGACGAGCUUUGCCUAUUCGAGUCCGACAGUUGGUGGGGCUAGUACCCCCACGUCUGCUUCACGCUUUGCGCAACAGCAACAGCAGCCAGCAUUAGUCGACGACGACCCGCCUCGACGGUCGUUGGAGCGCAUCCGAUCCUCUCGACGGUCCAUGGAGAGGAUUGGGCCUGCCAAGCGGUCGAUGGAGUGGAUCAAGCCCGCGGGAAGAAGCGAAUACUCUCAUGAGCCGUCUAGUCCAACGUUGGUUGCGCCCCGUCCUCGUCGUGCCUCGCGAGCGUUGGAGAAUGUGUUUAGUCGACAGUCUCCGGUCUUCAAGACGUCUGCACUCCCCAAUUCGCCAACGUCGACGCUCCCUUCUUCUCUCCUUGUCUCCCCACCCUCCUCGGCUUUGCUUCUCCCAACCUCGCCACCGUCUUCGAACUCGCAUCUUCCGACGUCACCACCUCUCUCGGCAUCAAGUCCUCCGCUGUCGCCACCGAUGACCAAAGCAGGUGUGGCUGCGUGGACGUUUGGGUCCCUGAAGAGCGCGCUCUCAAACUCGGUCACUCAUCUUGUCGAACUCGCACGUAGUCGGAGUCCGUCGCCGUUGCCUUGGCUCAUUCGAGGAUCUGGGAUCGCCGCGUCCUCUGCCACUUCCAGUGCGACGACGUCGACACCCUUGACGCUCUCCGGUGCUGCGGCGGCGCUUGCCCAGGCUACCACCCCAGUUGCUCGCCCUGUCGAGGAGGGUCAGGAAUCUUCCACGCACACCCGCGACCCGUCUUCAGAAGAGCUCGAAGCCGAGCGGUCGAGUUGCGUCACACCCACACCGACGUCAUCACGCCCUCGACGUGCCUCUUCGACGACGAUUACCAAAGUCGAUGCUGUCGCGGCUGUUAUACCUGUUCCUCAGGUCCAGUUGGAAACGACGGCUGGCGAGGUUGUGGUUGGGACCAGUCCCCCGCCCAAGCGCACGCUCUCGACGAGUUCGUUGUCGAGUCUGGAGAGCGAGCCAGAGUCGGAGAGUGGUAGUAGUGGUGGUGUCUUUUCUCGUAGUCCGUCUCCGGAACCGGAUUCGCGCGCUUGGGAUGCUUCUUCCCUCACCCCUCGAUCACGACCCAUCUCGGCAGACGCAAAGGGAGCUGCGUCGAAUAGUGGUAGACUGUCGCCGAUGAUGAUCCCUGGUAGUUGGGACCCUAAUGAGCUCCUUUGGGACGAUGAGGAUGUGGCCAACGAUCAACUCCGCAUUUAA